AGCGUGUAUUGUCGCUGCUCAUUGACGCAGCGAGCCUGGGUGACCGUGAAGGUUUACAUGUGUGAAACUAAAUAAGUUCCUCUACCGAGACCAUGAUGAAUUUAGCAGCGUUGGUGCACAACCUCAGGUGCUCUUUGCUUCGUAUUGAAAGCAGACUUCUGCAGGUGGCUGGAGUAGAGACACACCUCGCUCCGGCGCUGGCAGUGAACGCUCCCAGCCUGCUGCCUCAGCUGGGCCAGGAUCAGCUGGACCAGGAUCAGCUGGACCAGGAUCAGCAGGACCAGGAUCAGCAGGACCAGGACCCCCCCGGCCUCCUGGACAGCAUCUUGUGGAUGGCAGCACCCAAGAAGAGACGCACCAUCGAGGUGAACCGCACCAGGAGGAGAGACUUCAGAAAACUCAUACAAGUCAAGAAUAACAUCGAGCCAUGUACAGAGUGUGGUCACCUGAAGCAGAAACACGUCCUGUGUGGGUUCUGUUACGCCAAAGUGUGCAAGGAGACUGGUCUGAUCCGUGCACAGAUCCGCGGGAUGGAAGGUGGUCCGCUGAGGGCCCCGGCUGUGGAGACUGUCGUGUUGUAUGAGGGUGAAACGGCAAAAGAGGAGGACAACGCCAAGAGGAUUGUGGAGAGGCCCAGGAAGAGGCCCGGCUGGUUCAGCUACUGACAUUUACAGUUUGAUGCAAAAAAUGGCUUAUUUCAGUCCAUCAUUCAGUGAAUAAUACGUGUGUGGUUUUUUUUUUUUUUCUUUAUUUGUUUUUUUCGAACUGAAUAAAUAUGUGAAUAUCAGGCAUGCAUCCUAACUUAACUCUGUAAACAUAGUACAUAGUUAAUGUGUGAGAUCAGUGGAAAAUACCUAGACGGUUUUUGCAUCUCAUCUGAGACUGUCAAACUAAAAACCAAGUCACUUUUAUAACAGAAAGAUGUUGAUUGCAUAAUCUUUGAAUCAUUUGCAAUAAAUCAAAUGGG